AUGCCACCAUUCGCGACGGCGCCGGCGCAGACGCCAUGGAGCUGCAUGGCCGCGCCCAUGACCGCGAUGGAAGAGGCCGCAUGCGACCCGCUGGACCACGACGACCUCUUCGCCAUGAUGGACUCGUCCUUCCCGAUGCUCGACGAGGCGCCGGCCAAGAAGCCCGAGGAAGCCGCGAAACCUGCCAUGAAGGGCGAGAAGCGCAAGCUCCAGGUGCGCGAAGCGUCGCGCCGCUGCCGCCUCAAGCAGAAGGAAGAGGUAUCGUACCUCCGGUCGCGCGUCGCCGAACUCGAGCAGCUUGUGCGCGAUCAAGCGAUGGUCCCGCCGCCGACCACCGACGCCCUUGAAGUCCAGUCGCUGCGCCAGCAAAACAAGGAGCUUACGGACGCGCUGCAGCGAUCGCAGUCGCAGAUGGUGCUCAUCCAAGCGCUGCUCAACAAGACGCUUGUGGAGACGAUGCAGUCGAUCGUCCCCGUGACGUCGCCGCCAUCGUCGCCACCCGCCUCGUCGAUCGUCUCGGACGCCCAGCGCCUGCGCUUCGCCUCGGUCGUCGACUGCGCGUUUGCGACGCUCACGCACUUUACGCUGCCGCACGCCCAUGGCGGCCCAAUCCUCUCGAUCACGCAUUCGGCCAACUCGUGGUUUGGCGAGAUCUGGAGCGUCGGCUCCGAGCUCUUUGUGUGCAUGACCAAGGAGCUUCCAUCGACCAGCCUCCUGCGCACAAACAUGGUCGCCGACCGCGUCUGGGAGCGCUCGGCGGCGGUCUCGUUCGCGAACAGCGCGUACACGCUCCUGCGGCAGCGCAAGCUCUUCGAGGUCGACGCCAACACGCACGUGUACGAGCGUCUCGAAUCUGUGCUCGAGAUGAAGCUCCUCUCGCAGCAGUCGGUCAAGUUUCGCCGAGCGGUCUCGCCCACGACAGUGCUCAUUGGGACCGCGACCGUCCAACCCGACGAAACGACCAAGUACACGCCUGGCAAGGAGCAGCUCGGUUUGCUCUUGCACUCGGUUCCCGACUCGCCACUGCUCGCCUCCGUCCAGCUUGUCGGAACAUACGAUGUUGUGGGCGUGCCGCCAGCCGAGGUCCAUGCCCGCCUCUCCAAGCAUGUGCUCGAGCUCGCGCAGACGCUGGAGCAGCAGCUCUUGCUCUAA